UUAACCGCCAUGUCCUCCCACUCCCUCACUCCACCUUCUAUAUAAAAAAACUCUCACACUCUGUUUUCAGUCUCUGUUUUCUUCCCCAUUUUGCUAUUUGGCUUCCCUAUUCACUAGCUUUUAAUCUCUCUGCUGUUCGGUGAUUGACCCACAAAUGACUUCUUCUUCUUCUUCUUUCUUGUUGUUUCUUUUCUUCAUCAUCUCCAUCUCCAUGGUUCUCCUCUUGGUGUCUUCUCAUCGGUUCGAAGUCGGUGGUGACAGAGGCUGGUCCAAACCCACUGGAAACGACUCAGAGACAUACUUCAAUCACUGGGCUUCCAUGAAUAGGUUCCAUGUUGGAGACACAGUUUAUUUCAAGUACCAGAACGACUCUGUGCUGGUAGUGAAGGAACCAGAUUAUGAAAACUGCACCACAUCGAACCCAAUCUCCAAAUUUGAAGAUGGAAACACUGUUUUUGAAUUCGAUCGGUUCGGGUUCUUCUACUUCAUUAGCGGGCAGCCAGGUCACUGCAAAUCAGGGCAGAAACUGAUCGUCCGGGUCAUGGUGCAUCCAGAGGUUGAGUCGCCACAAAAUGCGCCGCCACCUGAUGAUAAAGCUGGUGGCGGCAGUGGAUCGGGUGGAGGCCACGGUGGUAGUUGGAGUUCUGAUGUGUUUGGACCACCUGGGUUCUUCAACUCUACUACAAAGCUGUCUGUUGUGUCUCAUUUCAUGACUGUUUUUGUUGCCCUGUUCAUCAUUCUCUAUUUGUUCAUGUAGGGUCUAGGAUGAGUGAUGUUUUUACCUUUCUUCUCACUAGGUUUUGAAAUUGUUUUGAUUUCGUGGUUGUUUUGCUUCGAUGUUUUCUUUGGCGUUUUAGUUAAUUGAUGACUGCCUUGUUUGGCUGUUUAAUUUCAUUAUGUAUCUCAAUUUGGUUUUUCACCUACU